AUGACGAAGGGUACACAAUCAUUCGGUAAACGUCAUACCAAGACCCAUAAUUUAUGUCGUCGAUGUGGUCGCUCAUCAUAUCAUUUACAAAAACAACGAUGUGCUGCUUGUGGAUUUCCCUCAGCUAAAACACGUAAAUUUCAAUGGAGUGAAAAAGCCAAGAGACGAAAAACAACCGGCACUGGUCGUAUGAAACAUUUGAAAGUGGUCUUUCGCCGUUUCCGCAAUGGUUUUCGUGAAGGUACAGUAGCCAAAUCACGUAAAGGACAACGCCAAAAUGCUGGUGCUGCAACAACAAGUGUUCCAGCAACAACAAGCAAAUAA